AUGGCCGACACCCCAGACACCGACAAGCUCGCCCCAGAGGCACUAAUUACCAAAUUCCAAGUGAGCAAGCUCCUCAAACAAGACCAAAAUGGCCGACGAAUCGCCCUCCUAGGCACAAUCGACAACACACAAGGCAUCCUAAUAGCGGAGCGUGCCGCAUUCGCAACCGAAUCCCUGGCCGUGCUGCAAGCCUUCCACGCCGCAAUCUCCCGAAUCGACAACCUAGGCGACAACGACAUCUACCGCUGGUACCUUGCCUCCUCAAGCGGCAACACCACGGACCCAACACCAGCUGAAGCCGCCGCGCAGCGCCAUCAAGACCUCAAACUCAAUCUCAUCUGGCCAUGCACAGCACAGCACAUUAAGAAGUACUCCGACCAGCAGCUGCGCAUGGUAACCGAGACGGCGCAGAUAUACCGCACGCACGUGAGGCCGUACAUGCAAGCGAAGCGCGAGGAAGGACGGCUGAACUGGGUGUUUAAUAUCCUCGAAGGCAGGACUGAGCAGGAGGAUGUGAUUAUGCGGGAUGAGGGACACGGGCCUGAAGAUGGGUUUUUGAUGUUGCCUGAUUUGAAUUGGGAUCGGAAGAGUAUGGGGUCGUUGCAUUUGUUGGCUUUGGUGCAGAGGAGGGAUAUUUGGAGUUUGAGGGAUCUUAAGAAGAGUUUUGUGCCUUGGUUGAAGUAUUUGAGGGAUAGGGUGCUCGAGGCUACGGUUUCUAUGUAUCCUUUGGAGGAGGAUCAGAUUAAGCUUUAUGUUCAUUGUGAGUUACUGUUUGCGAUUGAACUGCGCUGCGUUGUGUUAUAUUGGGGGUUUUCGCUGACUUUGGAUCUCGCAGAUCAACCGACUUACUACCAUUUCCAUAUCCAUGUUGUCAAUGUUAUGCUCGAAGCUGGUGCAACGCAGGCAACGGGUAAGGCAUUUGGACUCGAGAACUUGAUCUCGCAGCUUGAGAGUAUGUCUGGAGAUGGGGAUGCUAGUCUGGCUGAUGUUGAUUUGACAUACUUCCUGGGCGAGGCCAGUGAGCUGUGGACGGAGAUUUUCGAGCCGUUGAAGCAGGGAAAGCAGCCUAGUCAAUAG